UUUUUUCUGUUAUUUAUUUAAUAUGAAUACCUGCUUAAUUAUGUAUUUGAUGUUCAAGUGCUGAUUUGCCAACCGGAAGAUGACUCAAUGGCUGGCGGCUGCCAUUUUCGAAUGUAGUGCGUCUUUACCGUGUUAAAUUUUGUCAGACGUCAGUAGUAUCACACUAUUACUAUUCGUACUUUUUAGUUAAGAUAUAUAUUAACGGCAUUAACGGUUAAUGCUUGAAUUUUAUGAACUAUUAAGUCUUAUAUUCUAUCAAUUAUGGAUACACAAUCAUCCCUAGGACUUAUUAAACGGACAAAAAAACGUAGGUCGACUUACCAACAAGCCAUGAAAUUCUCUAAACGUGGAAAGUUUGGACACGGUUUCCAAGUCCAAGACGAAGACUUUCAAUAUUUCCUAAAUAUUCUCAAAGUAACUAACGAAACAUUCGGAAACGACGAAGAUAAACGUAUUUUUGCAGAUAAUGUAUUCAAACAAUUGAAUGGCAAUGAAGUAAAUUAUUGUUGUAAUCAAGUAGUAUCUCGUGUAGUAGACGACCUACUACCUGCAGCUAGUGAUGAGACAGUGUUAAAUUUGAUAAAACAUUUUGAAGUUGAUUUGCGGCCUAUUUGCUCUGAUCAAUUUGCUAGCCAUGUUCUCCAGCAACUAUUACAUGUUUCAAUUUAUAGAGCAUAUAAAGUUACCGAGGACAUAUCUGAAACUACUAAAGAAAAUUAUUUUAAUUUUAUUAAUAAGCUGUGCAAAUUUAUAAUUAACAAUUUAGAGGAAUUUGUAUGGGAUAAAUAUGCUAAUCAUGUAGUACGCAGUUGUAUUGCUUGUUUAUGUGGUAAACCAUAUUUGUGUUCAAAAACUCCACAGCAAAAUGGCGAAGAUAUAGAUACAAAUAAAGAUCAUAAGAAUUUAUUAAAAAAAUAUUUUGAUUAUAUAAUAAAUAUUCAACAGUUCUCAGAAAUGCUUACGACUGAUAAAACUUCAGGAUUGUUACAAGUAUUACUUAAAUCAAUUUCACCUAUAUCUAAAAAAAGAUAUAAAGCCUUAGUGGAAAAAAUAAUGAGUGAAUGUUUUCCAAAUGAUGAAAGUUGCUCUUUUGAUAAUGUUUCUCAGGUUCUUGAAAACAGUUCAUUUUCUAGAAUUCUUGAUGUUAUUAUUACUGAAUCGUCAGAUGAAUUGAAUACUUUAUUAUAUGAUAAAUAUUUCCAUGAUAAAUUUGGAAAUUUAGCUGUUCAUCAUAAUGGGAAUUUCACUUUACAAAAAAUUUUAUCUACUACUGUAGAUGUGACUAAAUUUGAAACAAUUUUUGAUCAAAUAAAGGAAAAUAUGUCACAAAUUAUUAACCUUAGUUAUACUGGAGUGUUAUUAGAAUUGUCUAAAGCUUGUUUACGUUUGAAAAGUAAACAAGCUUUAUUCUUUAAAACAUUAUGCGAGUCAUUAAAAUGUAAAGAAGAAACUGAAGAUGGCAUUACUGUAUUAAUACUUCUUGGGUUGAAAGUUGUUGACAAUAUUAAUGAUUUGAGUAAAGAACUAUUGAUUAAUACCCAUGGAUCUAUGAUAGUACAAAAUAUAUUGAAGUUUAAUAAACCAAUCAAGAUGGUAAAUAAUUUAAAUAACUUAAACACUGAACGUCUUGUUGAUUUGCUUUGCAAUGUAAAAGGCAGCUAUAUUGCAGAUGCAUAUUUUGAAAGUGCAUUUAUUGGGGAAAGAAGUCGCGAAAAAUUGAUAUGGAAAUUGAAAGACUAUUAUUCAACAUUGGCAGAAUCAAAGAGUGGUUCACGCGCUUUUGAUUGCAUUUGGAAAAUAGCUGAUUCAAAACAGCAUAUUAUGAUAAUGACCGAGCUUUUAAAACACGAACCUCGACUUCGUGGCACAACAUUUGGUUAUAUUAUUGCAUCCAAAUUAGAUUUGGGUAUGUUCAGGCAUAAUAAAGAUGAGUGGAUAAAAGCUGAUCAAGAAAAACUAAAGACUGUAAAAGUUUUUGAAAUCAAUAAAAAUAUUUCUUGAAUUGUUUGUACAA